CGCGCGACGCGCGACGCGCGACGACGACGCGACGACGCGACGGUGCGCGGAGAAAAGAUUCACGCGUCGGAUUCAGGGAUCGGCGCGGGCGCGACGGCGGUCGCGCGCGGGAAGGCGCGCGCAUUCAUUCGUCCGCGGCACCCGCGCGACGGGCGAAAAGCGUCGGGGAUUCGAUUCGAUUCGACGGCGGCGCGCGACGCGCGACGGGGUGAGGGCGACGCGCGAUCGGUGGAGACAGGGAGAAAUGAUUUCGCGGCGUCAUGGCGCGCGCGAGCGAUGUCGGAGAGGCGCCGAGCGAACGCGAGAUCGCGGGGGCGUACGGCGCGGCGGCGACGCUGUUGGGGUCGAGCGCGGGGGCGCGCGGAGGCGCGCGCGCGCGGCGAGGGGAGAUUCCGACGUCGCGCGUGGGAGCGCUCGUCAGAGCGCUCGGGGCGCACGUGGGGGCGCACGAAGACGAUAUGCUGCGACGGUGCGAAAAGAUUGUCGAUCCCGAGGGGCGAGGGAGCUUCGCGCUCGGGCGGCUGCGAGACGCGCUCGCGGCGCUCAGGGACGAGGGGCGAUUGCCGACGCGCGAGGAGGAAGGAGGGAAAGGGACGGGAGAGGUGGCGAUGACGACGCCCGUGGUUUCGACGGGGAGACGUGCGACGCGCGCGACGGCGACGGCGACGACGACUACGGAUGAUCGGAAGUCGGUGUUGAUCGUGGACGACGUGGCGUCGGUGCGAAAGUUUCAGGCGGGGCAAAUCGGAAAGAUGGGUUAUCAAAGCAUAGAGGCGGGCGAGGGCGCGGAGGCGUUGCGAUUGUACGGAGAAAAUCACGCGGAGAUUCAAGGGAUUUUGAUGGAUUUGAUGAUGCCCACGAUGGAUGGAUACGAAAUCGCGACGGGGAUUCGAGCGAUGGAGGAGAAGCAGGCGCUCAGGCGUAUGCCCAUCAUCGCCGUGACGUCGCUCACGGACCAAGAGCUCAAAGAACACGCCAGUUCUGUGGCAUUUGACUGUCACGUCGAUAAACCGACUUCAAUGUCCAAGCUGGCCACGAUUUUUGAAUCCAUGCGCAUGGCGCCGAGCUUGAGUGCCGCCGAGUUGCAAGCCAUCGGCGCGGCGAACGCCGCAAAGCUGGAUCCUCACGGGACGAAGCGUUCGCACCUGCCGGUGUCGAGCAGCGACACGACUUCGGACGAUGGCAAACACGGCGGCUCUAACGAUGGGUCAAGCGACCAAAACGGUCGCAAGGGAUCGAAUAGCGACGCAGAUCCAGACGCGCGAUCGAGCGGGGAUUCGGGUAACGAACAACGAUACGUCUCGCAGCGCGCCGACGGGCCUUGCAAUAGUUCGAAGCGACCGGGCGCUACCGCGUCUGGUGCGACAGCGGUCGCACCGAAAAAGACCGGUACGAGUGACAAUGGUAGUGGUGGUAACAGCAACAACGGCUCGAGCGACGCCUCGAGACAAGGUGUCGCCGACGACGCAGAAGAAAAGAGCACAGUGGAUAAGGCGGCUCCGGCGGACAGGAACACGACAAAACAGCUAUCACCGGCGCGAGGCACGCAGACGGGGACGAAAGCGCACGAGUCAACAAAAACCGACACAGCAGUUGCUGCGGAAGCGAUGGGGAAAACGACUACGACGCAGGAUCGAACGACGACUGGCGUCAACGCCGUCGACGCGGGUUCCAAGCCGGUGGAAAGUUCGCAUCGCCCGUGUGCAAGAUGCGGUUCGGAAAAGACACGAUUUUGUUACUACAACAAUGGGUUACCGACACAACCUCGACAUUACUGUCGAUCGUGCCAAAGGUACUGGACCGAGGGCGGAACGCAGCGCAAUUUACCAAAGGGAAGUGGUCGCAGAAGGGUAGAACGACCCGACGGUGCGGCAGCGCUCACCGCUCCCGUGAAAGAUGCCGCGAAGAAAAACGCUUUGAGUACCGCCGCUGCUAUCGCGCACGGUGCCAACGCACAAAACGAGAUGCAACGCGCGAUAUUGGUACUCAUGACUCAAGUUGUCGGCUUCGAUGUGGACCAUGCGGCGAAUAACGCCGGGAUGGUAGCGUCGCGCGCUGGAGAAGAAGUCGCGCAAAUCGUGCUCCAAAAUCUUGGUCAUAGCUCAGAAGCGAUAGAAAUCGCUGUGACAUUAGCCAAAACCACGGGAUGGCGCAUCGGAAUAUCCGUUUCAGCUGUCGCCACCGCUGCAGUAAGUCAAGGCUUGAAUCAGGCCGAGAUUGCGUCUUUGAUUUCCACGCAGUUGCCAUUUUUGGCCAACGCGCUUGUUCGCGAGGUUUCCGAACAGGUGAAAACUAUGGAACUUUCGAGGAAAUCGCCGACGAACGACUCUGACUCUGGAGGCUCUGGCGGAACGGGUGAAAAUGGUGGAAAGAGCGCGACGAGUGCGAAGUCCAAUUCCACCUUGACCGGAGUCAAGGCUGAACCAGCUACUGUUGCGAGCGUUCAGGCACUGCAGACGCAGGUGACGCAACGUUGGCUGAAUGACUUGCAAUACGUAGAUGAUGGGAACGCCCGUCAAGCUGCGAGUGCGAGAGUGGGCGCAGUGACCGUGCAAAGACCGUCGGCGAGCGGCUCGCAACCGCAGCCUCAAGGUUCUGGAGCAAGCAACGCAUCCGCCAUGCCUUGGACGCAAGGGCAAACCUCGCGCGUGACUCCAGUAUCAUCCGCGUCUGGAUUUCAACCCGCCUUGACAAGUGCUUUUACACCAUCCAUGGCAGCACCGCGAAUGGCUAUGAACAUGUUUGGUGCCCACCCGAUGAUGAAUCAGCCCAUGAACCCAGCUUGGCUAUCGAUGAUGAAUCGUUUUGGUUCUAGCGUUCAGCCGAGCGGCGCCCCGUCACGUGGACCGGGAACGCCUCAGGCCCACGAGGCGUUCAUGAAGGCAUUGGACACCUUGGGUGGUGGAUCUUCCGAACCACCGAACUAAAACCGUCACAAAUCAAUAAAUUCAAUUUUCCGAAUUCUCUUCCAGAAGAGUUGUAUACCGCCUUUUACUUUUAACACCAUCGAGCUUGGCGCGCAUAUAUGUAUUUCGAUCUCUAUUCUUUCGUUCUGGGAGCCGCCAUGGCUCUCCGGCGUGUUAUUAAUAAA